AAAACAGAAAGAGAUAAUUAUAUGGCCGUAAUGUGUCUGGUGCUCUGGCAAUCUAGCGUAUGCGCAGCGGCUAUUAUAGUUGCGCCAGAGACUUGGAACCUAGUGGUAGAGUGUGCAGUGAUCUUUUAAUAUCACCUGAGUAAAUAUUCUUUCAUUCAUACUUUUUAAUCUCAGAUGGCAAUCAAAGGUUUAAUAUUAUUGUCCGUAUUAUGGAGCGCAAAUGCGUACUUUGCCAACAACAAAGUCAUAGGUACUUUGUACAGAUGGAAACAAAUUGAUUUUGAAUAUCCUUCACCACAAGACCGGCAAACUGCUUUAGAUAAUGGAGAAUUCAUUCAACUCAAUGUCAUACCGUUAGGUGUAGAGCGCUGGAAAGACCGUGUUUUUGUAAGCACCCCGAGAUGGAAAAAAGGAGUACCAGCCACCCUGUCGUCUGUACCGGUAGAUGUUCAAGACGAAUCAGCUCCACUCAGGCCAUUUCCAAAUUGGGAGUGGCACAAAGCAGAUAAUUGUACGGGAUUCACUUCAGUGUUCCGCAUGAAUGUCGAUCACUGCGGUGUCAUGUGGGUCCUCGACUCCGGUCAAGUGGAAGCCUUCGAAACACCACAACAGCUUUGCCCUCCUACGCUCUUAGCUAUAGAUCUAGAAACAGAUACUGUUCUCGGUCGCUAUCCCAUACCACAAGAAUAUGUCUUACAAAAUUCACUGAUAACCAACAUUAUAGUCGAUUCCAGGGAUGCCCUUUGUAAAGAUGUCCACGUUUAUAUUGCUGAUGCUUGGCGUUUCGGCUUAAUCGUGUACAGGGCGUCUGAUUCAGCAUUUUGGAGAUUCAAUCACUACUCUUUUUAUCCCGAGCCCUUACUGUCGAACUAUACUUUACAUGGUUUAAAUUAUCAAUGGUCUGACGGACUAUUUGGCAUGUCGUUAGGUAAAUUCCAAAACGGAGACCGUCCUUUAUACUAUCAUUCUAUGUCGAGUUCCUUAGAGUUUUAUGUAAGCACCUCCGUAAUUAGAGAUCCAACUCGCGUUUCUAAUUCUGUGAGCGAAUUUAAACUCCUUGGGGAAUCUCGUGGUGACGAAGGGCAAGUAUCCGCCGCAGCCGUCGACCGCAACGGUGUAAUGUUCUUUAACCUUAUUUCACAAGACAGUAUCGGGUGUUGGAAUACACUUAGGCCUUACCGAAAAGAGAACUUAUACAUUGUUGCAAAGAACAAUUCAACUUUAGUGUUCCCCAAUGAUUUACGUCUAGACCAUGAGGUUCCUCAAACCGGUUGGAUAAUCACAAAUAGAUUGCCAUUUUAUCAAUUUAACUUGAUUGAUCCAAAUAGAUAUAAUUACAGAGUGUUGUUUUUAGAUCCGGUGGAAGCCUCAAAAUAUAAUAUUUGUGAAACAUCAAACUAAAAUUUACCUUUCAAUUUAAAUGUGAAACCAUAUUAAUUCACAGCAAAUAAUCACAGUUAUCACAACUUUACAUUUUAUUGCGCUAUUUCUUUGUAAUAGUACUUUGUUAUGAUAAUAAAAACAGUUUUACUACAGUAUUUCAUUGUUUUUGUUUUUAUUACACUUUCUAAUACUUUCCUUAAAUGUUGUGUGAAAAUCGCUUUACCUGCACGGGACUUUCUUCAUCAUUUAUCUUUAUACAAGUGAUCGAUGAUAUCCUUAUUUCAGAUUCAUUUAAAGUUUGGUUUGAAAAUGUAGUCGUGACUUUAACUUCACUUUCCUUUUUAUUAUUGAUCAAUCCUAAAGUUACUCUCGAAUUUGUUGCAUUUUUUACUUCAUAAUCGCAACGAGGAUUUUCAUUUCGAGAAAAAGUUACACUUUUCUCACUUGGUUUAUCAUGCACGUCUUUGUUAAGUUGCGGUUCAUUUGUAUUCGAUUUUUCAGAAGAUUUUGUAUCUACGUGUAUUGAUCCAUCUGAUGCCAUAGAGUUGGACCAUUUACGAUAUAUUGAAUCAUUAUCACCAUCGUGAACUUUAUUGCGUGGUGAAGAGCGACCAAUGCUGUUAUCACGACCAAGAUUCAUAGGAAUGUCAUUUUUCUUUUGGAAUAUUUGUGGAUAGUCUCUUAAGUACGAUGCAGUUCUAGCGCUACUACUUCCAACCAAAGGUGGCGUAUCGGCAUUAUCCGGUGGCAUUGCUGUACAGUCCAGAUGACUUUGCUUUAGUUCUGUGAAAAUGGAAUGGGAAUUAAAUGUUUCUGGAUCAUUUGUAUCGGUUCCUUUAUUCGUUAAAAAUGCGCUUAUUCGUAACAUCAUGACACCAAAUUGUUCAAGAAUGCGGUCAGUAUCACGAGGUGCCAUUACUUCUCUUCCUAACCAGUCUUCACAACAAACUGGAGUUAUCAAAUUUUCGUCUAAUUUAAUAGAUUCGAUAUUAUUGAUGUCUUCUUUUAGGUCUUCUGCACUCGUAUCUGUACCGUGACUCAUUCGGGAUGAGUAAUCAGAUUUUAAGUGAAUAGUGUCUGUGUUCGUUACAGCUGGAGAAUGAUUGUAAAAAUCAGAAAUUAAGUUUUUGCGCAACUGGUCUUCUCCUAGUAAGGAUUUAGCACGCCUCCUUCUUAAUGCUAGUUCCAAUCCAUAAUCAUGCUCACUAGUAGGUAAUACUGCAGGAAAGUUUUUGAACACCGAAGUAACUUUUAAUGCAUGAUAAUAGCUGUAUAUCAGCAUCCAUGUGUAGAAGGAAGGCAUUAUAGAAAUUACUUUGAUUACUACAAAUUUAAUACAGGGUGGUCUGGCUGCCCCUAAUAAGACACAUGUUCCUAAACCCAAAGCCAAGCUCGUCAAUUCGCACAACAGCUUCCUUAUAGCUGCCAGAAGAAGCCAAGGCAGUACUAAUGUCGGCCGUUCUUCCAAAAAUACAGGAUACAACAGCACUAUAUAGGAUGCUAGAUAAACGUAGACAGUGAAACACUGUACUAGCAUAACACCCGAGAUCAUAGUCCUCAGUGCGCGCUGCACAGGUAGUGACAGCUCUUCGGGCAUACUCAUCUGCCACACCUGCUUCAAAUUAGCAUUCACUUUGAAGAGAGUCGCAUCAAAUAUAGUUCUCAGGAGCCCGAGGAGCGUCCAAAGACAAACUUCGGAUUGCAACCCCAUCCCAAUAUAAGAUAGAAUAUUUAUCAUGUUCUUGUUUGGAGAGCGGGAUAUUAUCUUUCGAAGGUAGGUAAUAUUUGUUCUAUCCUGGCUAGCUAUAUUUUAGUUUCAUUUUACAGUUAAUUGGAAUGUAUUGUUUGUUUGUAAUGUUUAGGUGGAUUGCCUAUUUUGGAAACUGAAGUCUGG